CAACCCUCACAUGGUGCUGAACAUUGACUUGGCACCCACCAUCCUGGACAUCGCUGGCAUGGACGUCCCUCCUGACAUGGACGGCAAGUCCAUCCUCAAGCUGCUGGACAUAGAGAGACCAGUCAACAGGUGGGAUAUGGAACAAAAAGGGAAACACCCUGCCCAUGGACCUUUCAUGGCACACUCAUAUGAUGUGUGUAUUCUGUAUGUUGGCAGGCCAUAGAUCACUGAUAGAAGUAGCUAUAUAUCCUCUAGGUGAUUAUAUUAUUAUGAGUCGUACAUUGGCACUGGCCACUGACAGGUCUGAGUUCCCUCAGGGUUCCUCAAAACUGUGGCACCGCACCAAUCAUUGGACCUGGCUCGGCCUGCCAAGUUACCAUGGCGUCCAUUGAGAUUACAUCCACAUCCCAGCGACACUUUUUCCUCCUGCCCAGCCUGGAUAUUGCUUUCGUUAAUGGAAAAAAAAUCUAAGAAAAUAUUAAAUAAUCCUUCUCCAUUCUUCCAAGAAGUGUCAACGGUGACCUGUAGUAAUAACUACAGGAGCUGCCCUGCCAACGCCACUGAGUGAAGGAAAGCCUUUCACCAGCGGAUAAUGAGUAUGUGUGUGUGUGUGUGUUGAGGGAUUCUCUAUUCUCUCUUCCAGCUCUGCAGCUGCAAUCAGUGAGAGAUGGACUCUCCAGCCUGUGAAAUUGUCUGGCAGGCAGAGGAGUCUAGCUGGCUGGCCUGAUGUGGGGCUGUGGGGAUGGGUUUGCGGAAGAGAGGAAGGCGAGAGACUGGGUGGGAUGGAGGAGAGCAGAGCUGUGCUGGGUGUGUGCCUGGUCACUGCUGCUGGCUGUGAUGAGAAUGACCCUUACAGAGAUGAGAGAGAGAUGGAGACCGAGAGAAAAGGCAAUGAAAGAAGAGAGAUGGAGAAAGAAAGGGCAAGGGAGAAAGAGGGAGGGAGGGGGCCGAUGGAUCGAUAACUCAUAUCUGAACACCCUGCCAGGAGAAGGUCAGAGCACCCAGACAAGAGACCAAUUUAUUCCACACACUUUCUUUUAUUUUCUUCUACGUUCGAUCACUUUCUUUUUUCCCGUCCUUUUCCAAAAGAACAUCUGAAGGUGGUAUCGAUAGUUUUUCAUCUGAGAUAAUUUGACCCAGGGCUGUUUUUGAUAUCCGUUCCAACCUGUUGCAUUUUGUCGUCAUUGGAGGCUGUCGCUCUACACAGUGUAGGAAUUCUAAUUUCUUCAAGCGUUACAUUGUGUUCUGAAUGUAGAACCUGGUCAAUGAAGGAGAUGGCUGAUCGAUUUGUCCUUUUCUCUCAUGAUUUUCAGGUUCCAGGUGAACAAGAAGGGGAAGGUGUGGAGAGACUCAUUCCUGGUGGAGAGAGGGUGAGUCACAGGAAAUAAUCUCAAUGUUUUAAAUAACCAUACUCAGUUUAUUUUUUAUGUCUCUGUGUGCCCAUUAAGUAAUCUGGUUACAUUCAUCUGAGUGUGUGGAAGGUUAUGGAGUAGGAAAGUCUCAAUGCCACAUUAUUUAAUGAGUUUCUUGCCUUAAUAUUACCUUACUGAUACUUGAUAUCAAACCAUAUCAGGCAAAGCUGUGGUUUACAGAAUAUUGUCAUGACUAAUCAGCAUCCAGGACCAUACAGUAACAGCCUAGUAUAGUAUAUACACUGAAAAAAUAUGUAUAAUGCAACAUGCAACAAUUUCUAAGAUUUUACUGAGUUACAGUUCAUAUAAGGAAAUCAGUCAAUUGUAAUAAAUCCAUUAGGCCCUAAUCUAUGGAUUUCACUGGGAAUACAGAUAUGCAUCUGUUGGUCACAGAUACCUUAAAAAAAAGGUAGAGCAUGGAUCAGAUAACCAGUCAGUAUCUGGUGUGACCACCAUUUGCCUCAUGCAGCGCGACUCAUCUCCUUCACAUGGAGUUGAUCAGGCUGUUGAUUGUGGCCUGUGGAAUGUUGUCCCACUCCGCUUCAAUGGCUGUGCGAAGUUGCUGGAUAUUGCCGGGAAUUGGAACACGCUGUCGUACACGUCGAUCCAGAGCAUCCCAAACAUGGUCAAUGGGUGACAUGUUUGGUGACUAUGCAGGCCGUGGAAGAACUGGGCCAUUUUCAGCUUCCAGGAAUUGUGUACAGAUCCUUGCGACAUGGGGCCAUGCAUUAUUAUGCUGAAACAUGAGGUAAUGGCGGCGGAUGAAUGGCACAACAAUGGGCCUUAGGAUCUCGUCACGGUAUCUCUGUGCAUUCAAAUUGCCAUCGAUAAAAUGCAAUUGUGUUCUUUGUUCGUACCUUAUGCCUGCUCAUAUCAUAACCCCACCGCCACCAUAGGGCACUCUGUUCACAACGUUGACAUCAGCAAACUGUUUGCCCACUGUCUGCCAUCUGCCCGGUACAGUUGAAAACGGGAUUAAUCCGUGAAGAGCACACUUCUCCUGCAGUCUGCAUGCCAAUUGCACGCUCUCUCAAAACUUGAGACAUCUGUGGCAUUGUGUUUUGUGAAAAAACUGUACAUUUCAGAGUGGCCUUUUAUUGUCCCCAGCACAAGGUGCACCUGUGUAAUGACAAUGCUGUUUAAUCAGCUUCUUGAAAUGCCACACCUGUCAGGUGGAUGGAUUAUCUUGGCAAAGGAGAAAUGCUCACUAACAGGGAUGUAAAUGAAUUUGUGAACAACAUUUGAAAAAUACUAUUUUUGUGUGUUUUGGAAUUUCUGCUGUCUUUUUAUUUCAGCUCGUGAAACAUGGGACCAACACAUUACAUGUUGCGUUUUAUAUUUUUGUUCAGUAUAGUUCCAUAACUGUGUGUGUGUGUUUUCACAGGAAGUUGCUCCACAUACGUGAUGCGCCUCCAGGGAAGGAUGUGGCACAGGAGGAGAACUUCCUGCCUAAGUACCAGCGGGUCAAGGACCUGUGUCAGAGAGCAGAGUACCAGACACCCUGCCAACAGCUGGGACAGGUAGGCAGCCAUGCACACACACAUUAUAUGCUCACACUUCAAUUAACAGUCAAAUUCACAGCAACACACACACUCAGACUCAUAUUAACACAGACACACAAGUAUAACACUCUAGACUGAAGACACUUAAAACAUACUAAGACUCUUGACGGUUGAUACAGUGCAUUUGGAAAGUAUUCAGACCCCUUGACUUUUUCCACAUUUUGUUACAUUACAGCCUUAUUCUAAAAUGGAUUAAAUAAAAAAUGUCCUCAUCAAUCUACACACAAUACACCAUAAUGACAAAGCGAAAACAGGUUUUUAUAAAUGAUUGCAAAUGUAUUAAAAAUAAAAAACAGAAAUACCUUAUUUACAUAAGUAUUCAGACCCUUUGCUAUGAGACUCGAAGUUGAGCUCAGGUGCAUCCUGUUUCCAUUGAUCAUCCUUGAGAUGUUUCUACAAUUUGAUUGGAGUCCACCUGUGGUAAAUUCAAUUGAUUGGACAUGAUUUGGAAAGGCACACACCUGUCUAUACAAGGUCCCACAGUUGACAGUGCAUGUCAGAGCAAAAACCAAGCCAUGAGGUCGAAGGAAUUGUCCGUAGAGCUCCGAGACAGGAUUGUGUCGAGGCACAGAUCUGGUGAAGGGUACCAAAACAUUUAUGCAGCAUUGAAGGUCCCCAAGAACACAGUGGCAUCCAUCAUUCUUAAAUGAAAGAAGUUUGGAACCACUAAGACUCUUCCUAGACCUGGCCACCCGGCUAAACUGAGCAAUCGGAGGAGAAGGGCCUUGGUCAGGGAGGUGACCAAGAACCCGAUGGUCACUUUGACAGAGCUCCAUAGUUCCUCUGUGGAGAUGGCAGAACCUUCCAGAAGGACAACCAUCUCUGCACCACUCCAUCAAUCAGGCCUUUAUGGUAGAGUGGCCAGACGGAAGCCACUCCUCAGUAAAAGGCACAUGACAGCCCGCUUGGAGUUUGCCAAAAAGCACCUAAAGGACUCUCUGACCAUGAGAAACAAGAUUCUCUGGUCUGAUGAAACCAAGAUUGAACUCUUAGGCCUGAAUGUCAAGCGACACGUCUGGAAGAAACCUGUCACCAUCCCUACGGUGAAGUAUGGUGGUGACAGCAUCAUGCUGUGGGGAUGUUUUUCAGCGGCAGGGACUGGAAGACUAGUCAGGAUCGAGGGAAAGAUGAACAGAGAAAAGUACAGAGAGAUCCUUGAUGAAAACCUGCUCCAGAGCUCCGAUUUAACAUUGCUGGAGAGACCUGAAAAUAGCUGUGCAGUGACACUCCCCAUCCAACCUGACAGAGUUUGAGAGGAUCUGUAGAGAAGAAUGGGAGAAAUAUUGAUGAGGAGAAAAAAAACAAUUUAAUCCAUUUUAGAAUAAGGCUGUAACGUAACAACAUGUGGAAAAAGUCAAGGGGUCUGAAUACUUUCCGAAUGCACUGUAAGUCACUUCCUAUCAUCCGUCUCUCAGUUUGGCAUCUCACCUCCAUACGUAUCAGUUAAUUGGUGUCUGAGAAUCUACUUAAAAAGGCUCUGUAUCCUCUUGAUCACCUGCUGGUGUAGAGAGAUAGUGAGCUGCUGGGUGUUCUUUUGGAGCGGUAUGGGGGAGGAAAGGAGACUGAAUAUACCAUGCAGGUUGGUUUCUCACUGGGAUUAGACAGGAUAGACAGGUGCUUUUAUCAAUCUCUGUCCCCAAUGACAGACAGACAGGAGGACCAGGCUUUGAAACUAAAGAGCUGUGUUUCAGGUGAUUAGGCUUUGAGUCAGGUCUGUUGCCUUAGCUAUGCCUCCCAGGACACACACACAUACACGCAAACACACACUCCCCCCACCUCGCUAAUGACAGACAGUGGCGGAGUGUGUGUGACAGUUCUCUAGCUGUCAGAUCAAACACACCUGCAAUUUCAAGCACUUAGAUCUAUCUUACCAAGAUUGACCAUUGAACAGUAGUCCCUGAGGUGUCUCUGUAUCCAACCUAUCAAUCUCCCUCUCUCUCACUCCUUUUUGUUCCUGUCUCUUCUGGAGUAGAAAGUCCUUUUCCCACUGUCAGUGGCUCUCUUAUUCUCUCUUGGAUCCUGCUGGAUUUCCUCUUUGACACGUCUACUCUUUUUUUCCAUCUGACAUCAAAUAUGUUAAUUAGAAAGCUCUGUCUGUAAUUUCACAAGUAACCACUGACAGAGAAAGUGUCAACAGAAUCUGUAUAAUAAUUAGAUUGAGACGGAGCUGCAGCAGCCCUGCUCGGUGCUCUGUCUGUGUACACUACUACUGUAGCUGCCUGUUCAUUAUGACAGAAUGGGAUGGUGUGGAAGCAGAGAUGAGAAUGGGGAAGAGACUAGCAUCUUGUCAAAUACAGGCCCUCUCCUCUCCGCCGUGCCAUGGUUUGUCAUCAUCACCUGUUAAUUGCAGUUGAAACAACAUCACAGACGGGGGAAUGGAAGUUAAUAUUAGGCUACUUAGCGUCGCUUGUUUCCACCUGCGAGUAAUUUCACCUUGAGAAGCACGGGGUGUGUGGAAAGAUCCACUAUAUGUUUCUCUCAGUGUUAACCUCUGUCCCCCUCUCCUCUGUCUCCCUGCAGAAGUGGCAGUGUUUGGAGGAUGCCACAGGGAAGCUGAGGCUGUAUAAGUGUAAGGGCAUGGCCAGCAUGUCUGCAGCCCAGAAGGAAGGCCCUGCCAACAUCAAGUCCAAGUACUACCCCCAGCGCAAGGCAGAGCGCAACACAGAGCCCGACGGCUGUAACUGUGACCAGUACCCCAGCUUCAGACUCAGCACCUUUAAAAAGAAGAAGCUGCUCUCCAAGAAGAGUAAGUGGAGUGGAAAGAAUGUGUGGCACACUCUUGUCACACACUUCUCACACACUCAUGUAAACACACAAAAUUCUGCUUCACAAAAUGUUCCUCACUCACUCAACCUUGCAUGAAUACUGUACAGUCACUCGCUUCUUAUAACUGAUGUGGAAUGUGGGCAUCACCUUGUGGAGACAAUAAUACCUUCACCCACAGUCAUUAUUUAAAUGUUGAGUAUAUAACUUUGUGGGCGACCCGACCAAAUUCACAUAAAAAUGUAAUCUGUCAUUCUUAUUGAAAGCAAGUCUGAUAAGUGGUAGAUCCAUUCUAUGUGCGCUAUUCUGAUGAUUUCUGUGUUUAAGUUUAGCUUUUGCUUCUUUUUACUUUCGGUUUCACACACCAGCUUCAAACAGCUGAAAAUACAAUGUGUGUUUGGUUAUUAAAAAAAAAAUAUAUAUAUAUAUAUAUACAGUAUAUAUUGUACAAUGAUUCUCUACACCCCUCAAAUUAAAAUCUGGACCUCAAAGCCAGUUCCACUGCUGUUUCAUUUUUCCCCUCUAAUCAGGGACAGAUUUAGACCUGGGACACCAGGUGGGUACAAUUAAUUAUAAGGUAGAACAGAAAGCCAGCAGGCUCCAGACUUCAUAGGGUAAGAUUUGAAUACCCCUACUCUACACUAUACAUUGCUUGUUUUGUCACAUAAACUGAAAUUAGGUGAACAUGAUGAUAGAAUUUUGGCAACCAGUAAAUGGCGGAGCGAUUUCUACAUAUUGCACAUGUUAAUGAGUACCAUAGGGCCUGAUAGGGUUUAUAUACUGACUGUAGAAAUCCCUCCACUAACUCACCCUGCCCUCCUCCUGACAGAGAUGAAAGCCAUCAAGAGCUACGCCCGUAACCGUUACUCCCGCUCUGUGGAGAUGGAGAUAGGAGGGGAGCUGUAUGCUGUAGACUUGGAGGAUGGCUACCAACCUGUACCGGCCCCCAGGAACCUCAGCCAGGCUGGGGACAGGACCCCACGCGACGACACUGAGGAUGACUUCAGUGGCAUGGGGGUCACUGUCACCGUCACCCCCAAGACUAGCAGCAACAGUCUAGCUAUUGUGCCUUCUGGCAUCAAAGUCACACACAGGUCAGGGAGUGUGUCGAUGUUCUAUGUGGAUGGGUGGGUUUGUUUGUAGUGUGCUAGUACUGCAUGUUGAAUGUGUUGUUGUGUUAGUUAUUGAUUAGGCUAAAUGCUCACUGUGUAUCCUGUCCUCAGGUGCUCUAUUCUGGCCAAUGACACAGUGAAGUGUGAUACAGGGAUCUAUAAGUCCCUGCAGGCCUGGAAGGACCACAAACUCCACAUCGAUCACGAGGUUAGUCUUCUCAGCCACUCACAUAACUGAUGUUUUAUUCCUCAAUGCAGUUGAUUAUCUUCAGUGGUCACAGUGAUCGUGUAAUGACAAUCAAUGACUGACAACGAAAUCAAUUACAAUUAUGGACAGCAUCAUUAUUAUUAUUAAUUAGUUGAAUAUAGCCUGCUAUUGACACAUAUAUACACAGAUUCAGUUCCUGUGUUGAAUGCCACCCUCAGUGUUGUAAUCCACUGAAUGUACAAAACAUUAGGAACACCUUCCUAAUAUUGAGUUGCAUCCCCUUUUGCCCUCAGAACAGCCUCAAUUCGUCGGGGCAUGGACUCUACAAGGUAUCGAAAGCGUUCCACAGGGAUGCUGGCCCAUGUUGAUGCCAAUGCUUCCCAUAGUUGUGUGAUGUUGGCUGGAUGUCCUUUGGGUGGUGGACCAUUCUUGAUACACACGGGAAACUGUUGAGCGUGAAAAACCCAGCAGUGUUGCAGUUCUUGACACAAACAGGUGCACCUGACCCCGUUCAAAGGCACUUAAAUAUUUUGUCUUGCCCAUUCACCCUCUGAAUGGCACAAAUAAACAAUUAAUGUCUCAAUUGUACCUAAUGUUUUGUACACUCAGUGCAAAAGCCAUUUAGCAGACACUUUAUUCCAAACGAUUUACAGUCAUGCCUGCAUACAUUUUACGUACGGGUGGUCCCAGGAAUCGAACUCCUGGCAUUGCAAGCGCCAUGCUCUACCAACUGAGCUACAGAAGACCACAUUGUUGUGAUAUUUCUCUAUCUAAUGCCCUGCAUCUCUGUCAGAUUGAGACCUUGCAGACAAAGAUCAAGAACCUAAGAGAGGUUAGGGGUCACCUGAAGAAAGCCCGCCCAGAGGAGUGUGACUGCAACCGCUACAUGUAAGGACCAAACAACUCUUAGGAAUCCACAGUUCAUGUUGCACAGCUGCUUUAUUACCAAUAUCCUUCCACACACUAAACGCCAGCAUUAAAUGCAUUUACAGUAAACAUAACGGCACUCUACCAGACUUGAAUAGCUUUUCUCCAUGCUCAUAAAGACUGAUUAUGUAAAUAUCCGUCUGUGUUUCAGCUACAAGUCUAAGUACAAGAGUAAGCUCAGGCACAACGGAGGCAGCAUUCACCCAUUCAGGUAAGGGUGUGGGUUUGUGAAUAAGAAAGGGACAUUUACUGUAUGUGUGCUUAUGCCUGUGUAAUGAUUGUAUAUCUACAAUAUAAACUCAGCAAAAAAAGAAACGUCCCUUUUUCAGGACCCUGUCUUUCAAAGAUAAUUCGUAAAAAUCCAAAUAAGUUCACAGAUCUUCAUUGUAAAGGGUUUAAACACUGUUUCCCAUGCUUGUUCAAUGAACCAUAAACAAUUAAUGAACAUGCACCUGUGGAACGGUCAUUAAGACACUAACAGCUUACAGACGGUAGGCAAUUAAGGUCUGAAAAACACCAAAAUAAAGAUGCCCAGGGUCCCUGCUCAUCUGCGUGAACGUGCCUUAGGCAUGCUCAAGGAGGCAUGAGGACUGCAGAUGUGGCCAGGGCAAUAAAUUGCAAUGUCUGUACUGUGAGACGCCUAAGACAGUGCUACAGGGAGACAGGACGGACAGCUGAUCGUCCUGGCAGUGGCAGACCACGUGUAACAACACCUGCACAGGAUCGGUACAUCCGAACAUCACACCUGCGGGACAGGUACAUGAUGGCAACAACAACUGCCCGAGUUACACCAGGAAUGCACAAUCCCUCCAUCAGUGCUCAGACUGUCCGCAAUAGGCUGAGAGAGGCUGGACUGAGGGCUUGUAGGCCUGUUGUAAGGCAGGUGCUCACCAGACAUCACCGGCAACAACGUCGCCUAUGGGCACAAACCCACCGUCACUGGACCAGACAGGACUGGCAAAAAGUGCUCUUCACUGACGAGUCGCGGUUUUGUCUCACCGGGGUGAUGGUCGGAUUCGCGUUCAUCGUCGAAGGAAUGAGUGUUACACCGAAGCCUGUACUCUGGCACGGGAUCGAUUUGGAGGUGGAGGGUCUGUCAUGGUCUGGGGCGGUGUGUCACAGCAUCAUCGGACUGACCUUGUUGUCAUUGCAGGCAAUCUCAAUGCUGUGCGUUACAGGGAAGACAUCCUCCUCCCUCAUGUGGUACCCUUCCUGCAGGUUCAUCCUGACAUGACCCUCCAGCAUGACAAUGCCAGCAGCCAUACUGCUCGUUCUGUGCGUGAUUUCCUGCAAGACAGGAAUGUCAGUGUUCUGCCAUGGCCAGCGAAGAGCCCGGAUCUCAAUCCCAUUGAGCAUGUCUGGGACCUGUUGGAUCGGAGGGUGAGGGCUAGGGCCAUUCCCCCCCAGAAAUGUCCGGGAACUUGCAGGUGCCUUGGUGGAAGAGUGGGGUAACAUCUCACAGCAAGAACUGGCAAAUCUGGUGCAGUCCAUGAGGAGAUGCACUGCAGUACUUAAUGCAGCUGGUGGCCACACUAGAUACUGACUGUUACUUUUGAUUUUGACCCCCCCCCUUUGUUCAGAGACACAUUAUUCAAUUUCUGUCAGUCACGUCUGCGGAACUUGUUCAGUUUAUGUCUCAGUUGUUGAAUCUUGUUAUGUUCAUACAAAUAUUUACACAUGUUAAGUUUGCUGAAAAUAAACGCAGUUGACAGUGAGAGGACGUUUCUUUUUUUGCUGAGUUUAUAUUUGAAUGUUUCAUUGUGCCACUGUAUGAUGUGUGUAUUUCUAUGUGUGUGACGUCAUCAGGAAGGGUCAGGAUAAGAAGACGUGGUUGCUGAAAGAGCAGAAGAGGAGGAAGAAGAUGCGGAAGCUGCUGAAACGUCUGAGGAACAACGACACCUGUAGCAUGCCUGGUCUCACCUGCUUCACCCACGACAACCAGCACUGGCAGACCGCCCCCUUCUGGACCAGUAAGACACUACACACACACACACUCACAAACACACAUACAGUACACACUAGCAUUACUGACUAUUCUCUGUCUGCAGUGGGUCCGUUCUGUGCCUGCACCAGUGCCAACAACAACACCUACUGGUGUCUAAGGACCAUCAACGAGACACACAACUUCCUCUUCUGCGAGUUUGCUACUGGCUUCCUGGAGUACUUUGACCUCAACACAGAUCCCUACCAGGUCAGUACUCAAUCCUCACCACAAUCACUCCUCUGUAAAGAUGUUUUCUAAUAUGUUUUUCUAAUGUUUCCACUUCAUUUCAAUGAAAUUACGUUGAACCAACGUGGAAUAGACAUUGAAUUGACGUCUGUGCCCAGGGGUUGCCUGUUGCCUUGUUUCAAGAUAGCAAACUGAAAAUCAGCUAUUAUAUAAGAGAUGUUAGACCAGUAUGAAGACCAGUACUAUUCAUCUCUCACCGACCUGGACUCUCUCUCUCUCUCUCUCUCUCUCUCUCUCUCUCUCUCUCUCUCUCUCUCUUUCUCUCUCUCUCUCUCUCUCUCUCUCUCACUCACACACCUGGACUCUCUCUCUCACACACUCUCACCCACCCGGACUCUCUCUCUCGCUCUCACCCACACGGACUCUCUCUCUCUCUCACACACCCGGACUCUCUCUCUCUCUCGCUCUCACCCACCCGGACUCUCUCUCUCUCUCUCUCACUCACCCACCCGGACUCUCUCUCUCUCACUCACCCACCCGGACUCUCUCUCGCUCUCUCUCACCCACCCGGACUCUCUCUCUCUCUCUGUGUGUAGCUGAUGAAUGCUGUGAACACGUUGGACCGAACCAUUCUAAACCAGCUCCACGUUCAACUCAUGGAGCUCCGCAGCUGCAAGGGCCACAAGCAGUGCAACCCCCGCACCCGCAACCUGGAGCUGGGUGAGUUCCUUUAACACACACACACACACACUAUGCCAGGUUGUUGUGGGUUGUGACUACAGACGAAUGAUCUCUGUUUGUCAUCCUCAUCACCAUCAUACUCACCACCAGACCCAAGUCCUGCCUUGCUUUCUGUUCUUGCAUUACUUCUCAUGUACCAGUUCUAUAACUGCAUUUUAAACAAUUACAACCUCUCCCUCUGGAAUGUGUUUUGUUCCUUUUAAUUAAGGUCAAUUCAGUUUUUCUUUUUUGUAUUUAUUUGAAUUUCAGAUACCAUUUUGGCUUUAAAACGACUGCUCUUUCUAAACCAUUUAAAAACCUCUCUUAACUAGGUCUCUGUGCCUUCAUUGAUAGGAAUCUGUUCAUAUGUUUUCUAACCACUGCUAUUGUCUCUUCUUCAGGAGGUAAAGAGCGAAGCAGCUUUGAUGAAUACAGGUAUCUUUACUCAUUGACUUGAACACCACUCAGCACUUCACAAUUUAUUAGAUAUUAGUACUAUAUAAGAUUUAUAUAAAUAUUCCUAAAAGAUAGCACACAUACUUGGUCUAGAAUACAUUGACAAAAUACACAACACUUAGAGAAUACAUAGGUGUGGGGCGAUUGCGUUUGAGAGUGUUUUUUGGUGUGCUGUUUCUCUUGCUUUCCUCUGCUUCUUUGCAUGACAGCUGGUUUGGGGGGACUGAGCACUUUUCUAACCUGGGGGGUACACUGUACGUAUGCUUGACUGUCUCUGCACUCCUUCUGACUGAGGUUGGGAGAGGGUUGAGGGCUUAUUUUCCUCUGCUUGAAUGGGCUGGGUAACAGUCUGUCUUAUUGUCGCUUGUACAUCAGGCAGUUUCAACGCAGAAAGUGGCCAAAAGUGAAGAAGCCCACCUCCAAAUCACUGUGAGUUUGGACAUCCAUCUGGUCCUCACGAUGCCACCAAACAGUCACCUCUAACUGAGCUUUUCUUCCUCUCUUUCCUCUCUUCCUUUUCUGUAGGCUUGCAUGCUGAUCUCUGCUAGUUCUAGUUAAUAACCAUGUCUGUCUCACUCUCCUGUCUGUCUGCAUGGAUGUUAUUCGAACCUGCACAGCUCUGCUCACAUCUCACCCUGUCCUACUGUUUCUCACCAGUAGAGGGCGCCAUCCACCACCACCACCACCCAACACAUCUGACUUAAUCAUCUUAGCAUCUCUGUCUAUUGGUUGACUUUUCUCUUUAUUACAUUUCAUAUGGUCUCUUAUAAUGUCUCUUUCUGAUACUCUACUGUCCAUGUGGCUUGUGUGUUUCGUGAUUUAUCUCUAUAUAUUUAUCUCUGAUAUACUAGAGCCUGAUGUGAACAUCACAGCAUCAACCCAUUCACGUGGUGCUGAUGGGAAGAGAUACAGACAUAACAGGUGCCCGAGGUUUACUGUGGAUGACGCUGUUUUUGUCUGUGUGCUUUUGUCUCAUCAGAGGACAGAUUUGGGAAGGCUGGGAGGGAUAGGGUCCAUGAGGUUAGAGUGGCCCCGUCCGAAGCGCCCACUGUGGGGGGAACGGGAAUGGACUGGUCAGAACUUGAACCCUUGUACAGACUUGACGAGCAUGCCUACGAUCUCAAACUCAACUUCAAUGUCAGCCUGGAGGACUGGGACAACUUUGACGGGACCGUGGACAGGAUGUUCACGUUGCUCGGCAACUUCAACCACCAGCCAAACGGGCGCCGCAGCAACGUGAUUCCCGGGGAGGGGAGAGGAGGAAGAGACCACGCCCUGGUGUCAUCAACGGACCAAUCAGCCUCAGCCAUCUACCUGACCACCCUGGCCACCCCUGCUCUCCUGCUGAGAGAGGCUGGGGCCGAGGUCCUGAGGGAGGCACUGGGGCUGAAUGGAGGGCCGCACCGCUCUGCCUCCUCUUCCUCUUCCUCUCCCCCAGUUCCAGCUGAGGAAGGCAGCUCAGACUGGGACCGCCCCCCGCCUCUCCUCAACCAGUUUGUGGAGGAGGGCCAGCCCACUCUGCAUGAGAAGGAAGAGGAUGAGGAGAGCAGGGAGAGAGGUGAUGAAGAGGAGAAGGAGUUGUUGAGAAGGCGGUCGACCCGAUGGAGACUGAACCAUGCUCAGUGUGACUGCAGUGAGUUUGUUCAGGAGGCUGAGAAUGGGUUGCCCGUA